AUGUCUUCCCCCUCGUCCCCUUCUCCCCAAUCGACGGACCCUUCCGACGGAAAGGAAGUUUCUUUGUCGCCUGAUUCUUCAAAUUCCCCCGACUCCGACUCUUCCUCACCCAUCCUCAAAACGUCAAUCCCCACUCAGAUACCUUCAGCUGCAGCACCGACUUACGCUCAGAGGCUUAAGAACUCACUCCGUAACCUAAGGAAAAUCGACUCUCCAAUAACUCAAAUCGAUGGAAUCCCAGUCGUUCAAGCUCCUCCUUCGAUUAUCCUGCAGGAGUCCUGGAAAGACCACAUCGUUGCAAAGUUCCACGGAAAAAUGCCAGACCAGAGAAAGAUCUUUGCUGACCUAAACCCGGUUUGGGGAAAGUGGGACUGGCAAGUGUCCAACUGUGGCCUUUUUGCUUUCCCUUGGGAUUCGGAAGCCUCUUGGGAAGACUAUGAACUCACCUCAGCUCCAACAUGGGUAGUAAUGAAGGAUGUACCGUUGCCUCUAUACUCCCUUCAUGGUUUGAGUGUUAUUGCAAGCGCCAUUGGAGAGCCCCUGCAUACGGAGAAGUCAUAUCUAGAACCAUUUCAUCUUGGAGACACCAAAGUAAAAGUGGAGAUUACUUUAGCUGCGGCUCCUCCAAAGGCGGUGAUAGUCAAGGACUCACAGGGAUUCUCUGUAAAGGUCAAUGUUGAGUACCCCCGACUCCCUCCGAAGUGUUGUAACUGCGGAAAGUUUGGUCAUCUUCUGAACUGCUGUCCUAUGCCUCUUUCGAAACAACUACUCAGCAAAUCAUCAGAUAAAGUGGUGCUGAAGCAGAAGGAAUCUCAGAUGCAGCCUGGUUCCGAUAUAGCCCAGGUCAAAAUCAAAGAUACCUCUCUGGUAGAGAUAGUGGAAGAGCAUUCAGUAGUACAGCUUCAAUCUCAGGAUGCAACCUCGGAUUAUGAUGUUGGAGAAGACUGUGUGGAAGUUCCAGUUGAACAAUCAGGGAAGGAUCCGAAACAGAGGCGGGUCUUAAGCUCAGCGAAUAGUGAUACGGCUCAGAAAGAGAAUUCGGAAGUAGCUACGGUUACAGAUGGCAGUGAACCCCCUGAUACUGCUAUAGCUGAAACUCGGACUGAAGAGUCUAAUGCUCAAGGGAUCGUGAACUCUACAUUUUCUGGCUGGAGGUGGGAUCAUAACUACCAACAUGCGGCGAAUGGUAGAAUUUGGGUUCUCUGGGAUCCAGCUCUUUCAGUGAUGGUAUACAAGAAGUCGGAUCAGUUUAUUUUGUGUGGGGUUAUGGAUACAGUAUCUGGUGUUGCCUUUACGGUGGCUUUCAUCUAUGGUCUUCAUACAAAUAUUCGACGAAGGGAGCUUUGGCGAGAUCUCUCUGUCCUGAAGCAAACUUCUCCUCUCUCCCAAUCAUCCUGGUUAAUACUUGGUGAUUUUAAUCAGAUUCUCGCAGCAAAUGAGCAUUACUCAGUUCAGCCUCAUGAUCCUCCUCUCACUGGUAUGGGGGAUUUGAGACAGUGCUUUGAAGAUAUUGAGGUUUCAGACUUGGCAAGUCGGGGUGCGUUCUUCACUUGGACCAAUUGUAGAAAAGCAGAUCCCAUUUUGAGGAAGCUUGACAGAACUGUAGUAAACGAUAAAUGGAGGAGUGAUUUUCCUUAUUCAGUGGCAGUAUUCGACCCGCCUGGGGGCUCAGAUCGUUCUCCUUGCUUAGUUAUGCUGGAAAGCGAAGUGGUAAGGAAAAAGAAGGCUUUCAAGUACUUCUCCUUUAUCUCUUCGCAUCCAGACUUUGCCUUGAAGCUUCGUGAUAAAACGAAGGAAGCUUUUGAGGAACUCCAAGCACUCCAGCUGUCCCUCCUAACUGAUCCGGAUGAAGAAAGGUUCAGGGCAGAGUAUGAUGCCAGAGAGAGAUGGGCAUUCUUUGCUAGUGCUCAGGAAAUUUUCUUCAGAACAAAAUCCAGAAUAAGAUGGCUAAGGGAUAGUGACGCCAACACUAGAUUCUUUCAUCAAGCGGUUCUCGCUCGUCAAGCCAUAAAUGCGAUUCGUUAUCUGAGAGACAAUCUGGGUGAAAGAGUCGUAAAUGUGGAUCAGAUCAAAGAUAUGAUUAUUGCUUACUUCACUAGUCUUCUUGGCUCUGAGAAUUUAGAAGUCUCGCCUCUAUCAGUUGUCGAGAUCCAAGGGCUUCAUCCAUAUCAAUUCUUCCUUGAUGCAUGGGAUAUCGUUGGAGAGGAUGCUGUUGCUGCAGUAAAGGAGUUUUUCACUUCAGGUCGCAUGCUCCAUAAGUUCAAUGCCACUGCAAUCGCACUCAUACCAAAAGUUGUUGGUGCCGACGAACUGAGUAAGUUUAGACUUGUAUCAUGCUGCUCGACGAUAUACAAAGUCAUUGCUAGACUCCUAAAAAAGCGCCUUAAUCUCAUCAUACCUGAGGCAGUGCAGCUCAAUCAAGUUGGUUUCAUCAAGGGUAGGCUUCUUUGUGAAAAUGUUCUCCUGGCUUCCGAACUAGUUGUGGACUUUCACAAAAGGGGACCAGUUACUCGUGGUUGCUUGCAGAUUGAUCUCACGAAAGCUUAUGAUAACAUUAGCUGGCCUUUCUUGCUAAAUGUGUUGAAAGCCUUCAAGCUCCCGGAAGUUUUUAUCAACUGGAUUAAUCAGUGCAUUUCCACUCCUUCCUACAGCAUCAGUUUCAAUGGUGAACUAAUUGGUUGCUUCCCGGGAAAGAAGGGGCUCAGACAAGGUGAUCCAAUCUCCUCUUUGUUGUUUGUUCUAGUCAUGGACAUCCUCUCGAAAGUCCUUGACAGGGGUGCUGUAAAUGGGAGAUUUGGAAUUCAUCCCAAGUGUGAUGUUCCUUUAAUAACACACCUGAGCUUCGCUGAUGAUGUUUUGCUAUUCUUUGAUGGUAAAGAGGAUUCUCUACGGGGUCUGCUGCAAAUUCUGGAGGAGUUUAAGGGGUUCUCAGGUCUGUCUCUAAACCGUAGUAAAUCAGCAGUGCUAUUUGAUGGAGGUCAGGUGAAUGCAACUCGGGCAAUAGCAGAAAGACAUGGUCUAAAACGAGGCUCGUUCCCGUUAAGGUACCUAGGAGUCCCGCUUACUACUAAGAAGCUGAGAAAGCAGGACUACCAACCGCUCCUGGAUAACCUCAUGGGUAGAUUUUCAUCGUGGACAGUAAAGUAUUUGUCGUUUGCUGGAAGGCUUGAACUGUUGAAAUCGGAGUCCCAACUUCAGCAAGAGGCGCAAAGGUUUGCUGGUAGGUUGUUUGUACCCCUAAGAGCUGUGGAGGUCUCGGUCUUCGACGUCUGGUCGCUUGGAAUAAGAUCAGACAGUUGGAUUUGGAAAAGCUUGUAUCAGCUUAGAGGUAUUGCUCGUCAGUUUGUGAUAUGUGAAGUUGCGUCAGGUAUCUCGGCAAGUUUUUGGGAAGACAAUUGGACAGGACUUGGGCCGUUAAUCUCGUUGGUUGGAGAGCUGGGACCAAUGACAUCAUGUCUCCAGCGUAGUGCAACCGUUUCGGAGGUACUGGUUAAUGGAUCAUGGUGGCUGUCUGCAUCGAGGAGCCGGAACCGUGUCAUAUCUUUGCUGAAGGAAAGCCUACUAGAUCCCCAUCCGAUAGCACAGUCUGAGGAAGAGGAUGAAUAUAAGUGGAAAAUUGGGGCCAACACUCCAAAGGCAUCGUUCUCCUCUGCUGAUACUUGGGAGCAUUUUUAUAAUACCCACCCUGAAGUUAACUGGCAUCAAUCGGUUUGGUUUAAGGGUGCAAUUCAGAAGCACGCAUUUGUUGUCUGGUUGGCAAAGCUUAACCGCCUAGCCACGAAGGAACGGAUGCACCAUUGGAACCCCCAGGUCUGGUCCUUCUUCUUCACUAGGCUUCAUCUAGUUCCUCCAAACUUACUGGAUGAUGCUAUAGAAUGGUUGAAAGCUCCUACCAGAAACAAGAAUGUAAAUCUCAUAGCCAAGCUAGCCUUUCAAGCUUCCCUAUAUGGUAUAUGA